AUGGGGGUGCGUGGCAAGUUGGUAUUGGUUUGCAUUUUAGGAGUGUUGAUUUGCAGCAGCAAUCUUUUCAUGUUUAGCGAAGCCGUAUGGUUGAAUCUACCGGCAUCCGGAACUAAGUGCGUCUCCGAGGAAAUCCACAGCAACGUUGUCGUUUUGGCUGAUUAUGUUGUCGUUUCCGAUGACCAUUCUCACGUCCCCACCAUUUCCGUUAAGGUGACAUCACCGUAUGGGGACAACCUUCACCAUAAGGAGAAUGUGACUCAUGGUCAAUUCGCAUUCACGACUCAUGAGACUGGCAAUUACCUGGCAUGUUUUUGGUUGGAUGGUCACAUUGGAGGAAGCGGAGAUGUGAGUGUUAGCAUUGAUUGGAAAACUGGAAUUGCCGCUAAGGAUUGGGAUUCAGUUGCCAGAAAAGAGAAGAUAGAGGGUGUUGAACUUGAGCUGAGGAAACUUGAAGGAGCAGUGGAGGCCAUCCAUGAGAAUCUACUCUAUCUGAAAACCAGGGAAGCAGAGAUGAGGACUGUGAGUGAACUAACAAAUUCCAGAGUAGCAUUAUUUAGUAUCAUGUCUUUGGGUGUCUGCAUUGCAGUUUCGGCACUGCAGGUGUGGCACUUGAAACAUUACUUCCAAAAGAAGAAGCUCAUUUAG